AUGACGGUGGCGGAGGCGGAGCAGGCAGCGGCGGCAGAGGGCUGCACCGCGACGGCGGAGGAGGGAGCGCUGCUUUACGCGCGCGAGCUGGGAACGGAGGCGUCCGCAGCAGCGGCGGCAGGGGCGGCGGCCGAGUCUAUGAUGGCGGCGGAGGCGGAGCAGGCAGCGACGGCAGAGGGCUUGACACUGGUGCGCUCGUCGCGCUCCAGCACCGGGUUCGAAGGCGUGUACGCAAGGUCGAAGGGGAGAGGCUUUAGGGUGAUGCGCAAGCUUGAUGGUAGAACGCAGUACAUUGGCUGCACCGCGACGGCGGAGGAGGGAGCGCUGCUGUACGCGCGCAAGCUGGGAACGGAGGCGUCCGCAGCAGCGGCGGCAGCGGCGGCAGGGGCGGCGGCAGCGGCGGCAGGGGCGGCGGCCGAGUCUAUGACGGCGGCGGAGGCGGAGCAGGCAGCGACGGCAGAGGGCUUAACACUGGUGCGCUCGUCGCGCUCCAGAAGCGGGUUCGAAAACGUGUGCGCAAUCUCGAAAGGCAACGGCUUUGCGGUGAGCCGCUGGGUUGAUGGUAGAACGCAGCAUAUUGGCUGCACCGCGACGGCGGAGGAGGGAGCGCUGCUUUACGCGCGCAAGCUCGGAACGGUGGCGUCCGCAGCAGCGGCGGCAGCGGCGGCAGGGGCGGCGGCCGAGUCUAUGACGGCGGCGGAGGCGGAGCAGGCAGCGGCGGCAGAGGGCUUGACACUGGUGCGCUCGUCGCGCUCCAGCACCGGGUUCCAAGGCGUGUACGCAAACUCGAAGGGAGGCUUUAACGUGAACAAAUGGGUGCGCGGUGCAAAGCAGUACAUCGGUUACGCCGCGACGGCGCAGGAGGGUGCGCUGCUGUACGCGCGCCAUCUUGGCGCGGAGGCAUCGGCUGCGACCGAUGCAGCGGAGGACGAGUACGCGGGGCGCCAGACGGUCGAGAUGUCGAAUGCAGCCGUAGAAGGGAGUAGAGAGGCACAACCAGCGACGGCGUCAAGGACGCGGCCCAGGCACAACCUCAUCCACGGACGGCGCGUGCAGCGGCUGAUGGGUCUGCCCGCCGAGAUACACGCCCUCGUGCUCGAGCACCUCGCAGCCAGCGCGCCGCCGGCCAGCUUCGUGGCGUGCGCCGCCGCCUGCGCUGCGCUCUUGGAGGUGUACACGCGGCACCGCGCUCAGCUCUGGUGCUCUGCGCUCAGCCGCCGGGUUCGCCUCCAGGGUGCCCUGCCCGGCGUUCAGCGCGACUGGCAGGCACUCUACCGAGCAUUACUGGGCGGGCGCGACGGGCUCGAGGCCAAGGGGUGGGCGGACGACAACAAGCUCGACAAUGCGGACGAGAUGCGCCACGCGUGGUGGCAGGCCGACGCGCUGGCGUUCAGCGCCGCCAACGGGCUGGUGCUCGUGCGCUAUCGCGGGUACGAGGACGAGGGUGAAGACGAGUGGAGGCCACUCACGCAGCUGCGCCCUUACGAGGAGCGGCCCUCCGCAUUGUGGCGCUCGACGAAGCGGACCAAGGGUGAGGCGGUGGAGGUGGCAUGGGCGCCGCCAGACCACCCCACUGCUAGGUGGGAAGCCAAGGUGAUCGCGGUCCGCGCACGCAAGGCGAAGGUGCGCUUCCUCGGAUUUGACGCGAGCUGGGACACCUGGCUCCCGCAUGACUCGGACGAACUGUUCCCGGCACGGGCGGGGAUUCCCUCCAACCCGUCAACUUAA